AGGGAAGGAAGGGAGCGAGGGGGAGGAAGGCGGCUCUCGCCGCACAUGCAUCCCCAGCCACACACCCGCCGCCCGCGCCCCGCCUCGCGCCGUGCCCGCCCGGUGCCAGCAGCCGGCUCCGCUCGCCGCCGCCGGUCGGGGCUGCCGGGGCUGCGGGCCGGGCUGGCGGGGCGCUCCGCCGCGCCGCGCAGGAUGCCGCGGGAGGCCAAGCGCCCGGCGCGGGGGAGCCGCCGCGGCCGCCGCCCCAGCUGUUUAUUGCUGCAGACCUUGUCCUGAGGUGCUGAGGAAGCCACUUGCCUCUUCAGGCUGCUGUCGGCAUAAGGUUCCUGCCACAGAAAGUUGGAGCCUGCUUCUAAUCGGAGCUGUGCACAACUCGGUCGUCCUGUUACACCGGAAAAAAGCACUGCUGAAGCUGCAGGCUCCUGGGGAUGCUGCCGGCUGCCCUGCACCUCCCUGCAUGAGCCAGCAGAGGAUGGAAGUGACCGGCAUCAGCUGGGCAAAGGACCCUUCGCCAGGUGCUGGGAUGUCACCCCCCUGAAGAUGGGAGUUACAAAUGGGCUUGUGAACUGCAUGUGUGGCCCAGGCACCUGCGCUGCCAGACCCAUCGCACAGUAGUCCAGGGCCACCGCAGGACAGGCAGUCGCUGGCUGCAGCAGCUCAUCCUGUUAACUCCUCUGUGAAACCGUACGUGAAGAAGUUUCCCUUUGCUUCGUGUGAACGACUGUGGCGGCUGCCUGUGCCCUGUGUGCUGCUGCAGAGCCCCCCACCCACUGCUGGGCUGGGCAGCGGGCUGUACGUGACCCCACUCCCCAGCAAGACCGGCAGCAGCCGAGCACGGAGCUGUGCAGCUCUGUCCUCGGGGACAAAUGCCAGCUGCCAGACUCUUCUCUGGAGACCCAGGAGCAACUUGCAAGGCACCAGCACUGAUUGCUCCUGCGAUAGCAGCGGCCGGUCCAGGACGCGUGUUGUCACAGAUGUGACUCCAGCCUGCUGGGACAGGAGUGCUCCAGCUACAAACACAGCAUGUGGGAGGGAUGGGGAUGCUCUGCAUUAACUGGUGAGCCCCAUGCUGCUAGUGUGGACUUUCCUCCUCCUCUUCCCUAAAGGAUGCUAGUUGUCUGCCCAAAAGCUACUGCUCAUGCAGCCUCGUAGAGCGCAAUGGCAAGGGGUCUGCAGGGCUUCUUGUGGACCAUGCUGCUGCUGUUCUGCGCCAUCCAGGAGCUGGGGGCCUGGGCCAUGCACACUGCGGUGGAGGGCCCGGCCCUUGGGCAGCCGGGGGACCCUGCACUGCUGGCCAGCGGGCGCGUGAAGCGUGGCUGGGUCUGGAAUCAGUUCUUUGUGGUGGAGGAGUACACAGGCACGGAGCCGCUGUAUGUGGGGAAGAUCCACUCGGACUCGGAUGAGGGGGACGGCUCCAUCAAGUACACUAUCUCCGGGGAGGGCGCAGGGACUAUCUUCCUCAUCGAUGAGAUCACAGGUGACAUCCAUGCCACCGAGCGCCUGGACCGAGAGCAGAAAACCUUCUAUACCCUGAGGGCUCAGGCCCGUGACCGGCAGACGGACCAGCUGCUGGAGCCUGAGUCAGAGUUCAUCAUCAAGGUGCAGGACAUCAACGACAGUGAGCCACGCUUCCUGGAGGGGCCCUACAUCGGCAGUGUGGCUGAGCUGUCCCCCAUCGGCACCUCUGUGAUGCAGGUGAUGGCAUCUGAUGCUGAUGACCCCACAUAUGGGAGCAGCGCCCGGGUAGUCUACAGUGUGCUUGAGGGCGAGCAGCACUUUACUGUGGACAGUAAAACAGGUGUGAUCCGGACGGCCGUGGCUGACCUGGACCGUGAGACGCAGGACCGGUAUGAGGUGGUGAUCCGUGCAACGGACAUGGCAGGACAGCUGGGUGGCCUGUCUGGAUCCACCACAGUCACCAUUGUAGUCACUGAUGUCAAUGACAACCCACCGCGCUUUCCUCAGAAGAUGUAUCAGUUCAGCAUUGUUGAAACUGCCCCUGUGGGCACUGCCAUUGGGAGGGUGAAGGCAGAGGACUCUGACGUUGGGGAGAACACGGAUAUGACAUAUCAGGUGAAGGAUGAGGAGGGUGUUGAGAUGUUCAAAGUCACCACGGACAGCAAUACCCAAGAGGCUGUCAUCAUGGUACAGAAGCCUCUUGACUACGAGUCGAAGAAAGUGCACACUGUCGUGGUAGAGGCCCUCAACAAGUUUGUAGACCCACGGUUCGUUGACCUGGGCACCUUCCGGGACCAGACCAUCGUGCGGGUCUCGGUGCUGGAUGUCGACGAGCCCCCCGAGUUCCGCCCCCCCUCCAACCUGAUGGAGGUCCAGGAGGAUGCGCAUGUUGGCUCUGUUGUGGGGGUGGUCACCGCCCUGGACCCGGACACAGCGAACCAUCCUGUCCGGUAUGCCAUCGACCGCAGCACAGAUGCUGAGAGGAUCUUUGAUAUCGAUGCCAACACAGGUGCCAUUGUGACAGGAAAGGUCCUAGACCGGGAGACAGCAGGGUGGCACAACAUCACUGUCCUGGCAAUGGAAGCAGAUAAUCACUCACAGGUGUCAAGAGCCUCUCUCCGUAUCCGUAUCCUGGACGUCAAUGACAAUCCACCUGAGCUCGCCACCCCCUAUGAAGCUGCAGUGUGCGAGGAUGCCAAGCCAGGCCAGCUGAUCCAGACAAUAAGCGUCGUGGACCGCGAUGAGCCUCAGAGUGGCCAUCAUUUCUACUUCACUCUGGCACCUGAAGCCAACAACCACCAUUUUUCUCUGCUGGAUAUUAAGGACAACACAGCUGCCGUGCACACACAGAGAAUGGGCUUCAAUCGCCAGGAGCAGGACGUGUACCUGCUCCCCAUUUUGGUGGUGGACAGCGGCCCUCCGGCCCUCAGCAGCACAGGGACCCUGACCAUCCGCAUCUGUGGCUGUGACAGCAAUGGGGCCAUCCAGUCCUGCAACAGCACAGCCUACGUUGUGUCAGCUACACUGAGCCCUGGCGCCCUCAUUGCGCUGCUGGUGUGCAUCCUCAUUCUGGUUGUGCUGGUCCUUCUGAUCCUCACGCUGAAGCGGCACCACAAAAGCCACCUGACAUCCGAGGAUGACGAGGACAUGAGGGACAAUGUCAUCAAAUACAACGAUGAAGGGGGUGGCGAGCAGGACACAGAGGCAUAUGACAUGUCAGCCCUGCGCAGUCUCUACGACUUCAGUGAGAUCAAAGGUGGCGAUGGGGGUGGGGGGCCAGGAGAGGGGGGCCUAAGUGGAAACUCGGCCUCUGAGCUCCAUGCCCUCCCACAGUGGGUGCAGAGCCCAGACCUGGACUUCUCCAUGUUCAGAGACUAUAUCUGCAGGAAGGUGGAACAGGCAGAUGAGGACCUCUCUGUGCCACCCUAUGACUCGUUCCAGACCUAUGCCUUCGAGGGCUCGGACUCCCCCGUGCCUUCCCUGAGCUCCAUCAACACCUGGUCCAGCAGCUCAGAGCAGGACUUCUCCUACCUGGGGGCCUGGGGGCCACGUUUCCGGCAGCUGGCAGCACUGUAUGCAGGGCGCAGGGGUGAGGAAGACAGUGAGGAGUCCUAGCCGUCCCACCCAGCCCCCACGAGGCUCCUGGCACCUCCUGGACCUGGGCUCUGUGGCACGUGGGGACAGUGUGUGCCCCCAUCCAGGCUCCACAGCUGCUGCAGGGAGGCUGUUGGGGGGGCUGAGGGGCAUCAGGCAGCGUGCUCCUCCGCAGCUGUCUCCUGCCCCGGGCACCUCGGCAUCCAUGCAGUGAGGCUGGAGCACCCAUAGGAGCCACUGCGGCCAUCAUCAUCUCCUUAAUACCAGUCUCCAUUAAAGCACUGUGCAUUAAUUUAAGAAAGAGAAAAUCUAAUUCAAGAGAGUUUGGAGGGGGCUUCUUCCCCACAGAUUAUCAUUUAAAUUGAUGUGUUCAGUGAGCCCUGAUCAGGACAGAAAGAGCAAACCGGGAGCCUUUUGUUGUCUAAAUUGUUUUUGUCACUUGAGUCAGAGCAUCUGAAGUGCUUUGAUUUCUUUAAGAGCUUUCCUUGGAAAGGGAAGCAGGCUUUUAACUUCUGUUCAGCUUUUUCCCCCUUAAGUUCUGUCACUCUUUGGAGCUCUCUGCUCUGUGUGCAGGCUCCUUGGCAGUGCCCAGCUGCUGGCAUGGCUGGAUAUGGGCUCCAAGGUCACGUCCUGCACAGAGCAACUGCUGCACUAGAGUUCCCUUCAAAACUCACUUCACCUCUAAGCUGCAAUUGCUUCGCCUCUCCGUUCUUAGACCUUUCUUGUACUCAUCAAAGAUGCUUGUGAUCUGAAGGGGCUUUCUCCUUCCCUGCAGAGCAGAUAUUGUCUACAAGGUCCCGGUGUGCCCCACGGGCCCCAGUGACAGAUGGGGGUGUUCCGCCUGCCACUGAGGCACGGUGCUCUGGCCAGAGCCACAGAGCGGCUGUGGUGCUGUGAAGCACCAUUGGAGGGGCAUGGAGGGGCACUCCCCAGGUUGGCUCCGCCAGCCCCUCGGCUGGGCUGGGGUCUGCAGGGUGCUCAGCGCAGCACUGGCUUCCUACCAAACGGCAUGAACUGUGCAGGGCAGAGGGCAGGACGCUGGUGCUCCCCGGCCUUCAGUGGUAGGAGAGAGCUGCGUCCCAUCUAAAGGACCAUGCUGCAGGGUGCGAGAGAACCCCAGCCUCCUGGUUUGGAGGGAUAAUUCCUGCAUACACCCAGCUGACAGCAAAGCAUCACCAUUGGCGAUAGAAAGGCCAUUCCCAGGACAUGCACGUAAAGCCAGAUCCUGCUGGUGCUGGUGUGUGGCCAAGCUGGUUGCCACAGGCUGGGCAGUGGGUCUGUGACACCUCGAGGUGCCUGGGAUGUCCCCACCCUGGCGCAUUGCCCUGCCAGAAACCAGCAUGAGCUCCCACAGUGGGGCUGCCUUCGCACAAAAUCUCUGGUUUCGGGAGGCAGGUCAGGAGGCGGCUGGUGGGAUGCAGGCUGCAGAUGAUGCUGGAGGGAAGUGCUCAGUGCCCUGCGCCUUUCCAGCCUCCUGACUUUCCCCACGAUAAAUUCAGCAACUCCAUUGAGCAACACCCUUGGGCAGCUUCUCAGGCCAUGCUGGCUAGUGCAGCUCCUUAUCUGUUGAAGUUAGAAAAAAAGAUGUCAUUUAUAUUAUUAAUAGGAAACUGAUAAGGUCUUCCAAGGCCUGACAUAUCCUGGGCUUGUCAUUGGGUUUGUCCUUUUAGUUUAGCCACAGACAGUGUUUUCUCUCCUUGGAGGUUUGACUGUAAAUGUACAUGCGUGUUCAUUUUUUUACUGUGUUUUGCUUCCCGGCUGCUCGUGUUGGUCCUUUGGCUGCAGCACGCGACCUGACAGUGGAGAGGGGCAGGACAGGUCUUUGCCACUGCUCCUGCCCUUGGCUGCUCCUGCCCACUGCCACCACGUCUGCCCACAAGGGAGCUGCAACUUGGCUUUCACGCUGGGACCAGGAGCUUCUCGCUUCUCAGGGUCUCUCCAUUUCCCCCCAGUGAGGCAGCAGGCACCCACUGCUGGCACCUGCGCCCCAGCGUGCUGCUGGUUCACUGUGAUGAUGCUGGGGGGGCAGCGGGGCCAACAGGCUGCUUCACACUGGCCCUUGGGUGCCGGCACUGGCCACGCCACCUCGGGCAGGUUAUACCCUGCACCCCGGAGCAGGAGGAUGAAGAAAGCCCUCUCUUUCCUCAGGAACGUGUUCGUGUUUUCCCUCUGGGCUGAAGAGCUGUGCCCGAGCCCCUCCAAAGCUGGCCCUUCCUCUAGCAAAAGUGUUGUGCAAUAGCAGGGCUCUGUCCUUAGGAGAUGGGGUCUGACAGGGUACAUGUUUAGCAACCCUCCCACCGGGUUAUUCCCCGUCCCCAACCAGCCAGUCCUCUCCAGGGCGCAUGCACGCAUGUUUGCGUUUUAAUUUGUCCCACGUGUAAAUACGGGAGGAGCGCAGUGCUAAGCGAGCCAGCUGCUCCACACAGUGCUGCCUCACACUCCCUGCCCACCCGCACCCGGCAGGAGGAGCUGGCAGCUGCCACAAUGUCUGAUGGAGUCACUUUGGUUUUCUUUCUCUACCCAAAUGAAAUUAGAAGGUUGGUUUCUUCACCCUUGUUAUUUUUUCAAGGUCUUUCUGGGACCUGGAAAUAAAUUAUUUCUUUGUCGUCUA